CCGCGCAUGAAGCGACAGCCAACGCUGGCUGAAGAGCAGGCGCGCGAGGCGCGCGAGGCGUUCGACCUCUUCGACCUGGAGAAGCGCGGCCGCAUCGGCUACCACGAACUCAAGGUGGCGCUUCGCGCGCUUGGCUUUGACGUGCGUAAGGCGGACGCGCUGCGGCUGGUGGCGAGCCACGGUGCGCAGGGCGCGGUGGCGGAGGACGAGUUUCUUGAGAUCGUCGCGGAGUAUACGAGUAAGCGCGACCCUGAGGCCGAACUGCUCAAGGCGUUCGAGCUCUUUGACGAGGACCGGACCGGCCGCAUCUCGCUGCGCAACAUGCGCCGCAUCUGCCGCGAGCUGGGCGAGCCGCUCGCCGACGAGGAGCUGCAAGCGAUGAUUGACGAGUUCGACGGCGACGGCGACGGCCAGAUCUCUUUCGUCGAGUUUGCGGCCAUCAUGCGCUCCUCCGAUAUCUACGAGUAGGAGGAGUGGGACAACAGGCAAACGAGGCCGGACGCAGCUGCCACAAAGAGGGAGCGUGGCAGCGGCCGCCUCGGCGACAGUGCGGCGCGGAGGCACCGCUCGCAAAGAGAAGACGGCGAAGCUGCGGCGGUGCGCCCGCAAGAGCGCUGGCCGGGGCGCGCGGCGGCGGCGCGCUGGUGUCAAGGAAGUGGAGGAGGCGCGGCCGACCAGGAGCCAGGCGCGGGAUGUGCAGCCGUGAUGUAUGGGUGAUGGCGGAUGCGCGAGGGGACGCGGCGACGAGGACGACGGGUGUGGGGUCGCGAUCGAGGGGGGCGGUUCGCGCGUGCAGAGAGGUUCGCGAACGGGCAGCUGCUCGGCUCUCGGAACGAGGAGGGCGAGGCAAUGCUCAGCUUCUUCACCGACGCGGCCCACGCGCGCCGUGCUGGCCAGCGUGCAGGAGAGCGGCAAGGUGGAGGGCGCGCAGCUGUCGGCUUGGUUUUUGUGUUCACGCACUUUGGGCGUCGGUGCGUGUGAGAGAGAUGCAGAUGAAAACCAAGAACGAACAAAAGAGAAAUCACUCGCAUGUAAAAUUCUUUGCUUUGUUAGUGCCAGUGCGCGCCAAUAAAUAAAUAAAUAGAGC